AUGAAAUCUGAGGCUUCAGUAACAAUAAUGGAAGGUCUCUCACUAGAUACAGAUUACAGGGAAGACCGUUUAUUUGAGGAAAGAGAUCGUGUAACUAUGUUCCAUUGUACAAGUGGAGAAUGGACAUCGAGUCGUGCACAGUGUAACGGUAUCGUCGAGUGUGUAGAUGCCUCAGAUGAAAUGUAUUGUAGCAGUCAAGGUGAGAAAUGUUCACAGGCAGAAUUCACAUGUCCAGACGGCAGAUGUGUCCAUAUAAGUCAAGUUUGUGACUUUGUAAAUGAUUGUGUAGAUGGUGCGGAUGAAUUCUGUGAGUUUCCUAGCUGCAGCAAUGAACAGUUCACUUGCUCAAAUGGACAAUGUAUCUCAUCAAGUGAACGGUGCGAUUCAGUUAAAAACUGUUUAGAUGGAAGCGAUGAGAUAAACUGCGUUAAAUGCAACUCGAGUACAGCUUUCAAAUGCGGUGAUAGACUGUGUAUAUCCAAGCGUCUGGUAUGUGACAUGCACGUUGAUUGCCCAGAUGGCGCUGAUGAAAUGUCAUGUGACCAUACAUACAGCACGUGUCACGACUUGUACAACGACGGGUAUACCCAAAAUGGAUACUACGAAAUAGGUGAAGAGCAAACUUACACCAUAUACUGCGACUUUGAUAACUACAGGCAAAAUAGUGUAAUGAAGAUGACACUUCUCAACACAGACUGGCAGCAGGUUUCUGAAAACAAGUUUGGUAUUGAAACCGUUGGAAUUUCCAAAGUUGUAUACAAUAGCAGAUAUGAUAUAUGCACUCAAAAGUUUUCUAUGAUACCACACAGAGAAAGACUCGACGCAAUGCAGCUAGACAAUAAAACAGUUCCAUCAGAAGAUGUAGAACUUUCGUAUGAUGAAAUUUUGUCCGCUACAACGACAGUCAAAUAUCAGGGAUCAUUCCAGCUUGAAAAGAUUCCGUUCAGCAAUGCAGAUAGCUCUAAUUUUGACAACUUCUAUCUUGCUACGCUUAAAAGUUUUAACUCUUUUGAAAACAGAGUAAAAAUUGGUCAUGUCGAAUGCCGUGGCAACUCAUCCCUGUCAGACACGGAGAAGUUUAGAAGUCCACCACUUUUUUGCCGGUACGGAGUUAGGCCAGUGAAUGAAUCUAAGCGUUGUUUGUAUAACAAAGACCAUAAUGGUAUUACAGAUGGAUGUCGAUCACUAGCACAUCUUCAAAACUGUAAAAAUUUUGAUUGCCCACAAGACUACAUGAAGUGUCCUGGUAGCUUCUGUAUACCUUUAAUGUAUGUGUGUAAUGGAAAAAUAGAUUGUCCAGACGGAUAUGAUGAAAAGAUAUGUGGCUGUGAACCAAUACAGAACAAAAUUAUUAUCAUGCUUCCCUGGCAGUCCGUCGGAAGUUCUGAAGACUCAAAGAAACUUUAUGAGAUGUCAACCCGACUCGGAGGAUUACUGUUUUCGGAUAAAAACACAGUACAGAUAUUAGGUGUUGAUUACCACAAUCAGGAAAUAGAACCUGAAGUAAUAAUGGAGAGCACUGAUGUUUUGUCACACAGUGAACUUUUCAAUAAAGCGUAUAAAAGAUACCAUCUUAUUUCAUACGAAAACAAAACUUUCUUUGAAGACAUGUUUAAUGGAACUUACAAACAAUUUGGUAUAAUUUGGUUAUCAAACUCAGCCGAGCACACUGAUUCAGAACACUUUAUCUUUUCUGAGCUUGAACGUAUCGAGAAUAACUCGUCUAAUGUAUUCAUGAAAUAUCGUUUAGAAAUUGAUAAAAAUUUAAGAACAGAAAUAUUAGUGAAUGCUAAGACUUCCUUCAAACAAAUAAAAGUAAGAAAUUCUGAAAUCCUUGGAACGAUUGGAGCUCAGCUUUUUCCAGAAGUUUGCACAGAGAAGAUGUUGUCUUGCAAGGGCAGAUAUCGAUGUAUUUCCAGUAAAGUUUGCAUACCUUUCAAACAGUUAUGCGACAGCAGAAAGCAAUGUCCGCACGGAGACGACGAACACCAUUGUGACUUCAAAUGUCCUGCAAAUUGCUCUUGUGGUCCAUUAGUUAUUGAUUGUUCUAAUAUUGAAGAAGCUAAUGUUAACUUUAGCGCAUCUUCCCCCACACGCGUAUUAGACAUAAGCAAUUCUACCUUAAUUUGUAAAGAUCUUCUUGAAAAUGCAGAUACAAGACGAAUGUUUUCAUUAUUGAUUUUCCUGAAUAUUUCUAGGUGCGAUAUUAGUUUCUUGUCAAACUCUUCAUUUACGUAUUUGAGCAAUCUUCGGGUUCUUGACAUUACUUUCAAUAAAUUUAGAAAGCUUCCGAAAAAUGCUUUCAACGACUUGAAAGCUUUACGUUACCUGAAUAUACACGGAAAUCGGCAGCUUAAAGAGUUAGAACCAGGAGCAUUCAACGGUAUUUUGAUAAACUCUCUGACACUUAGUUAUACGUCAAUUAGAACAUUAUCAACAAAUUCUUUCAAAGGACUUCAUUUGAGCCAUCUUGAUUUAUCGUAUAGUAACAUUCUUUCAGUAAACGAUAUGGCUUUUAAUCAUCUAACGACCGAUUCCAUUGACAUACGGGGAAAUCCUAUUAAAGAAUUUACAAAAAACAUGUUCGCUGGUGUUACUGGUGUUAAGAAACUUAAGACCCCUGCAUUCAAAUAUUGCUGCAUACGACCAUACUCUGUUGCUGAAGACGACUGCCUUCCACACAAAGACGAGUUUUCAUCUUGCGCAGAUUUGAUGAGAAAUUCUACUCUUCAAGCUCUAAUGUGGGUUAUUGGGAUCCUGGCUCUGAUUGGAAAUAUAAUAUCACUUGUUUAUAGGCUUUUAUAUGACAGGAAAAGAUUGAAACUUGGUUACGGUAUAUUUGUUACCAACUUGGCAUUAGCUGAUCUACUUAUGGGAGUUUACAUGCUGAUAAUUGCCAUAGCUGAUAAAAUCUUUAGAAACAGAUACAUUGAAGUAGAUGACUACUGGAGAAACAGCGCAUGGUGUCAACUGGCUGGAGUUUUAUCUACGGUGUCUUCUGAAGCCAGUGUCCUUUUCAUGUGCCUAAUCACCAUUGACAGAAUUCUUGUAAUAAAAUAUCCUUUCGGACAUGUGCGCAUCACAGUUAAGUCUGCCAUAUGUGCUGUUUCUGCAACCUGGCUAUUUGUUUUUAUAAUAUCACUUGUGCCAGUGUUUUACACAGACUACUUUGAAGGCAAGUUUUACAGCAAAUCUGGGGUUUGUCUAGCUUUACCUCUGACACGUGAUCGUCCACCAGGAUGGCUUUAUUCCAUCUUACUCUUCAUAGGAUUCAAUAUGAUUACCUUCAUCUUAAUUGCUGUCGGUCAAUUACUCAUCUAUGCAGAAAUUAAAAAGCACACAUCAAUGCAGAAAUCACUGAAUGUGACACGCACAAACGAUUUGAAAGUCGCAAGAAAUCUACUGCUUGUUGUGACGACAGAUUUCCUGUGUUGGUUUCCGAUAGGCACGAUGGGUAUUUUAGCGUUGUCAGGCCACACUAUACCCGGAGAAGUGUAUGCUUGGACUGCAGUGUUUGUCUUACCCAUUAAUUCCGCUCUGAACCCUUUCAUGUACACGCUGACGGCUAUCUACAAUAGACAGAACUUUAAUCCAAGUGUAGACGAACAGUCGAGGACUGCAUUAAAUACAGAAAUGGGAAUGGCAAUUUUGAAACUGUAUCCCUACAUUCCAACACAUAAACAGAAAAGAAAAUGUAAAACCGUCUCUCUGCAUGAUUUAACGAAGGAUCGAAACCUCACGAAACAGGAGAUUUUGCAUCUGACCCGCCGAAUCGUAAAGUUCUUGGAAGUUAUACAUGACAGUGACCUUGUUCUUGGAAGACUCACAGAAAAUGACAUUUUCAUUUCUCUGUCAAAUAAUGGACAUAUUCAGCGGAAGAUACAGAUUGAUGUAAAAAGACACCUUGAACUGGCAUCAAAGAAAUCCAGUCCGGCUGGUGAUAUUUGUCAUUUUGGAGGCCUAAUAGAUAGGGUUCUAAAGAAAACGACUACACACACAGAUGGAAGAUUAAACGACGAAACUGCAGCGAUCGAUGAACAGAGUCUUACAGAACCCAUUACGCAGGAUACUGGUGUAUAAUAUGCACACUGUUCCACACGGAGUUGUGAAAAUGCUAUGUCAAUGUCUUUUAAGACUCUAAAAUGCAUGAACAUCAUGAAUGAAGUAUUAAUUACAGCCCAGAAUAAAUGAAAAUAAUUCUAAUUUUACGAAUAUCAUAUUAUAGCAUACAUCAUCAUGAAUAUUAAUUUAAAACAGAGAUGUCACUUUCAAAAUUUUAAAAUAGGUUUUCACCGGGUUAAUAAAUAUACUAAAACAAAUUAAUUAUUUUGUUGGUGCGACCGUGUACCAUUAUUUUUGUUUAGACAUUAUUUAUGUUGUGAAUACUAAAUUUUUCCAUUUUAUAAUAAUUUCGUCAUUGAUAAACGGAUUGAUUCAUUUUAUGCAAUAUGUAUAUUAAGCUGACAGUAAACCAUCAUAAUACAAGAUUAAGUAAUUGAGUAAAGCGGGUAUAAUUAACCAGUCUGUAAACAAUCAGGAAUUUCGUUCACUAAUAAAUCAAUGACUACAAUAUUUCAAAGGUAUAUCAAUGAUAAAAUAUUCUUGUCAAUCACUUGAGUUGUCUUCUUUUUUAACAAUACUAAGGAAUUAUAAUCAUAAUAAUACGCAUCUGAAAGAAAUAAUUUAAGAGCAAAUCACUAAAUGAUAUAUCUGUCAAAUAUUUGCCGCUUUUCUGCUAUGCCGUUUGACGCUAUGACAUAAUAAUCGUGACGUCAG